UCCGGUAAAAUCCGCAGCCUCGUUUUAACUUAAAAUAAAGCGUUUCCCAUAAUUUUUGAUAAAGAUGGCGGAGGCUGGUACAAGCGAGUCCAGCAGCCCAGAUACAGACAGAGAAUUUGACCCAUCAGCUGACAUGCUGGUUCAUGAUUAUGAUGAUGAACACACCUUAGAAGAGGAAGAGGCACUUAGUGGAGACAGCUGUUGUGAUGAACUGGGGGAUCUAGAGAAGGAGGGCGAGAUGCCCCUUGAGGACCUGCUGGCUAUGUAUGGUUAUGAGGGCCAAAGAGGAUCAAGACCAGCAGUGGAGGACGAGAGACAGGACACUCGCUCGAGCAGCGAGGAGGAGAUCCUGAGUAAUCAUGACCUGACCCUGGAUAAGGAUGAGAUAGCUCGAGACAUCCUGAAGACCAGCGAUGAUGAUGAUGACAAGGAGACCACGGCCCACGAACUCCUCAGCAGUGUGUCCUCCUCACAGACAGCCCGCCUCCUCAGAUCGAAGAGUCAGGAGGGCAGUGAGGGUGAUUCGGAGUCUGAGGAGGACGUAGAUUACACCCCCAUAGAGCCCGUGGAUGACUGGAAGAAGACAAUUCAAGUGGGUUCCGACUAUCAAGCCACUGUUCCUGACGGGCUCUGUAAAUAUGGAGAUGCCCCAGCUUAUGAAAAUGAAGAUCGGUUGCUGUGGGAUCCAUCAAAGAUAGAGGACCCAGGAGAAGUAGAGAAGUACCUAGAAGAGGUGAAGAAUCAGAUCUUACAGAAUGGGACGGGUGCCAGUGCUCUACCCACAGGGGCCCAUGUCAGGGAUGAUGAACAGGCUUUGUAUAUGCUGCUGCAAUGUGGACAUAACAUAGAGGAGGCGCUCAGGAGACGGAAAAUGCAAGCUGUUCCUCCAACAGAUCCAAUGAGUCUAUGGUCAGAGGAAGAAUGCCGAAACUUUGAGAAUGGACUCCGAACAUAUGGAAAAGAUUUCUACCUCAUUCAGCAAAACAAGGUCAAAACAAGGUCUGUUGGGGAAUUGGUGCAAUUUUACUAUCUGUGGAAGAAAACUGAACGACAUGAUGUAUUUGCCAACAAAAACAGAAUUGAGAAAAGGAAAUAUGUUCUACACCCUGGAAUAACGGAUUACAUGGAGAGAUUUCUGGAUGACCAAGAGAGUCCUAUCCCAGCGCCUACAAGGGAGCGGUCUGCCAGUCCAGUCACCUCCCUCAUCUAUGGAGACCCAAAACGUAAUCACUUGAAGCCCCAUACAGAGGGAGAGGGGGCUUCUUCGGUUCGCAUCGAGCCUGAGGAAUUUGACGUUUCGGGGGCAUCCCCAACGGUAGUGACACUCAGUCCCAACGCAAAGCGCAAACAGUCCGCUUCCAGUUCCUCCUCUGUCACAGUAAACGGUGCUCACGAAUCGGAGGAACCCAUCUCUAAAAAACUAAAAACUAAUGGUGACAGUUCCCAUUACCAGCUACAGGAGUCGUACUCAGAGCGGGCGGAGCCACUGAACUGUGUCUCCUCUUCUGUAUCGUCCAGUGCAGUGUCCAGUUCUAGUGACUCCUCACUCCCCCACAGUGCUGUUAGCCACAGAUCAAAUGAUAGCAUCUCCUCAUCCAAACAUUUACCAUCAGAAUCUGUAGCCUCAUAAUUCAUGUCAGGUCAUUGGUCAUUUAUUCAUAAAGUUUUAUGUAGAUUUAAAAAAAUUAUCAUAAAUCAAUGCUAAAAUCUAAACAUGGAUUUCAUUAUUGGGAUGAAAAAUGCAGUCAUCUUUAUUUUUUUGCAAUAUUUGUCAUCAAUAUUUUAAUGUUGGGAAAAGAGAGAACUGUACUUCUGUCCUGUUUGAAUCGUGUUUGGGAUGCCAGUGAGAGUUUUAUAUCAAAGAUCUCAGCAAUAAUUAGUUGCCAUGUUUUUCUGUUUGUUGUAAAAGAGUAGGAGAUUAAGUUUUUACACUAUCAGUAGCCAGAGUUUGUAAUGUGAUAUGUAAACUGCAGAUUGCAUGAUUAACAGGAAAUUAGAAACACACAUUAUGGAUUUUGUUUUCAUUUAAGGAAUAAAUGUGUUUAAAUCUUAAAGAAAGAAGUUGAUACAAAUUCAUAAAGAAUAUGUAAUUGUCUCAGUGUAGCAAAGAAGGCCUUAAGUGGACGGGGUACUUAAGUUUAGUACCACAUGUACCGCAGUUAGUAGGAAUCAGCUGAAUGUGAUAGUGUUUUUAACAUAUUGUACAUAGUCCCAGCACUGUUUAUACUAAAAUUGUGGAGUUUAACUCAUUUAACAUGCAGUUCUAUAAAAACUUAAAAUUUAGACGUAACUCAAUUAUUUUCAACUUUCAGAUAAGUUUACAUUAAUUGUAUAUUGAAGGAUGUUUUAUUUUAUAGGAGGUAUAAUUGUACGAAUAUCAAGUUCUAAAUUGUGAAUUUUUUCUUUGUGUAAUUGAUUUUAUUUUGACAUACAUCUGUGUACUCUAUAUUGUAAUCACCUUUGUGUGUAACAUUACUCUGUAUGGCUGUGUUUUAUAAUGUUCUCCUCUGUGAGAUUGUUGUGUGUUUGACUGACUUUUCUCUAAUUGGCCAUGUGUAAGAUUGUUGUGCUGUGUGAUAUGAGUUAGGGACUAUUUUCUAUGUGGCCCAUUGUGAGAUUGUUGUGUUGUGUGACGUUUUUUAUGGGGCCCUGUUUGUGAGAGUAGUGUGUCAUGUAAUGAGGGACUAUUUUCUCUGGGGCCUUGUGUGAGCAAGUCGGUUAUUUCAGGUUUACCACGAAAGACUUUAUAUUUUACUGCAGGGAAACCCAUACACAUACCGGUAAUUGGAAGAUAAGAAUUCCCAGGGAGGGGGAGUCUGCCUGUCCAUCACAUUGUAUAUACCAACCAAAGGAUCAUCAGCUCACACUCAUCGUCAAACUGUUAUAACAUUGGCAAGGAAGUCACCAUUAGGGAGGGUGGGGAAUCAUUCAGUUGUUAACAGAUAGUUACAUGAUGGAUUAAUGAUAAUCCUGUAUGAGUUACUUGAUGGAUUAAUGCUAUAAUCCUGUAUGUAGUUUUGUUAUGCAUCCAUUCAGAAUGUUCAUAGUUUAUUUGUAACUAUAAUUUAUUUCAUGUAUAUAUAAGCAUAGAAUAUAUGAAAUUCUAUGUAAAUAAAUUUUUUACUUAUACUAUA